GAGGAAGUAAUAAUAAUUCAUGAUUAAGAUAUCAAGAGAGAGGGAGAGAGAGAGUUGUUUGUUUCAUUGCGAUCCCUCCCAAGAACGGCUCUGAUAGCUCUUUGGUGCAGCAAGCGGCGUAGGAAUAUCAAAGACAAAGCCAUUCGUGCCUCAUACCUCAUUUCAUCACACCCAUUCAUCUCCAUCACAACACAACAUACAUACGAACCAGGUGAAGCUCAGAUCCAACCGCACCGAUGGAAACACAAUGAUCCAACCCUAAUCCAAGCGCCUCUUACCUCCAAGGUCUUCCAUCUUCUUCUCAAUUCCUCUUCUGUAUUCCCUCUUUUCUUCCUUUCAUCUAUUUUUAUUUUCUUUUUCUUUUUUAAUUGCAUAUAUGUAAAAAAAAACAUCUUUUUUUUCUAUCUUCCUAAAAUCGUUAUCGCGAAACUCUAAUCGGCAACACUUUAUCACAGCUUCCCUUCUAUUCUAGUUGAAUUCACCAUGGGUUCUCCUUACAAUUGUGGUCAACCCUGUGUAUUGGAUCUGGGGUCCUUCAUGUUUGCGACGAAAUUAGGGUUUACUCCCAAUUUCGCCCCAAAUUUUGGGGGUUUUCGUUUCUGAUUGUUCAAUUUCGUCACCCGACUCCCUUCCAACCUGGUUUCUUCGAUUUGUGUUAAACUUGAGCUUUUUGGUGGAAAAAUCCUCGCUUUCUGUUUCAUUUGCUGUUUUCCUUUCCCUGCAACUGAAAUUUGUAAUAAAGGAAGCUUCUUUUUAGUUUUGUGAUUGAAGCUGCGAUGGAGGAGGAGACCUCCGAUGCAAUGAACCUUGAUUUGAAUCUGGGCCCAGGCCCAGAGCCCGAAACUGGGCCCAUGAGCAAUGAAGCUGUGAACUUGGACGAUUGGAUAGGGGAGCCUCUUCAGAGAAUUAGCGAAGCUGUGAGGAGGGCACGGCAAAGGUGGAGAUGGCGCCACCUUCCGCUACCGCAUCCUGAAUUUCAUGCUCACUUUCCAACUGAAGCUACCCGGCAUUUUCAAAUACCACCCGAGGCUCGUAAUAUCUCCGUGGAAUUGAACCACUUUUUGGUCAAUUCUGGCAAUGGAAGCGCCUUGCAGGCCGGCGAAGGGAGCGUGGCGGCCGAGGAGAGAAUGGAGGAGGUGCCAAAGGCGUGUGACAAUGUCAAUGGUGUGGCAGAGGAUGAGACUUCACAGAAGAAGGAGGAUGUAGAAAAGGGUAGUGGCAAUGAUGGGGACUUUUUUGAUUGUAACAUCUGUUUGGACCUGGCUAGGGAUCCUGUUGUAACUUGUUGUGGUCAUUUGUUUUGUUGGCCAUGUUUGUAUAGGUGGUUGCAUCUGCAUUCGGAUGCGAAGGAAUGUCCAGUUUGUAAGGGAGAGGUGACACUUAAAAGUGUUACCCCAGUAUAUGGCCGUGGGAACAAUGUCCGUGGUCCUGAGGAGGAUUCUGCUCUUAAGAUCCCUCCCAGGCCCCAAGCAAAGAGGGUUGAGAGUCUGAGACAAACCAUUCAGAGAAAUGCAUUUGCACUCCCUGUUGAAGAGAUGAUUCGGCGUCUUGGAAGCAGAAUUGAUCUUACACGUGAUUUGGUUCAGCCACCUGAACCGGAUGCUGCCCGUGAAACGGCUGAGAGAACUACUUCCUUGCUAAGUAGGUUCUUGACUGCACGAGGGAUGCGUAGAGAGCAUCAGAAUCUAGUGGCACCCCCAGAGGAUGUAAUGGGUUUGGCACAGAACAAUGUUAAUACUUCUGAGGCAGGGGAUCCCCGGAGUAGGGUGCAGUCCCAUUUGCUUCGAAGAACACAAUCACAUAGAGCAACACUUUCUACUCUUUCAUCAGCACUAACUUCUGCCGAAAGGUUAGUUGAGGCAUAUUUCCGUAGCAAUCCAUUAGGUAGGAACCAAGAACAACCUCCUCCUCCAGUUGAUGACAGAGAUUCUUUUUCAAGCAUUGGUGCUGUUAUAAAUUCAGAGAGUCAGCUGGACACUGCUGUAGAGAUUGAUUCCAUGGUAUCCUUGUCAACAUCCUCGUCUAGGAGGAGGAAUGAUGCUUCAAGAGUGUCUGAUGUGGAUAGUGGAGAUUCUCGUGCUCCUAGGCGUAGACGUUUGAACUGAUAAAAGUCUUUUAGAUGUUCAAGUUUUACUAUUCUAUCAUGUAUCGCAUAUGAUAAUAAUUUUCCAACACCUAUGUAAGUGCUUCUUGCUUUCUUGUUACCUUAUAUUUAUGAAGUUUUCAGCAUUUACAAGUUUUGGUA